UGUCUUGAGAUAACUCUUGUUAUGAAUUGAUACUAUAAAUAAAAUUGAAUUGAAAUUGAAUAUUACCACUACAUGGGAAAACUAAUCACAAAUUGUUAAUGUCUAUUGUCAUAUUCAAAAUUAGGAUUAGGCCCAAUUGAGAAAGUCUCAAAAUAUGCAUUUAAAAAAAUCUAUGAAUCAAAAUGACAGUAUGUGAACAUAUUUGUUACUGCAGUGGUCACUUUAAUAACUGGUUAGGAUCUAAACUAUGGGUUGAAACAAUAUAGACAUACACUUUGAGUAAGUUUUGUGUAUGAGGCCAAAUUUCCAGUAGCCAACAUCAUAUAAUAACCUCCAACAUACAGAAGGGCAAUACGGAGAAUAUCAUAUAUGAUCAUGUUUUUGACCCAAUACAUCCAUGUCUAAAUUGCGGCGAUGUUGUAGGGUUGUCUAUUGGAGCUUCCACAAAAUAUUACCACAAUGAGAGUUUAGAUAAAUAAAUACCAGUAAUGUGGAUACAAUGACUACUUGGGUAAAGAUGCGCAAUUCAAAAGCUAUACAACAUAAUAUAUAUUGAUAUCCAAUAUAACACCGAUAUAUUUCCCAUAUAUACUGCGAGUAUGCUUUUUGAAAUUCCUUUUAUAAAAUAGGAGUAUUUAUUACUUGAUAAGGUUGUUUAACAUACUAUAACAUUUUUAAUAUAUUAUUUAUCAUGCAUGGCCACUUUUUGCCAAAAUAGUCUGCUGCUACAUUAAAUUGGCUUUUAUUUUGAAAGUUCAAACCAGAAGUACUCAUAUUGAUCAUGAAAGUUCUGUUGAUACUUUCUUUUCCACAGUGGGUCUGCUGCCUAUCCCUGAGGUUGUGAUCCGACAGUGUGUGUGUGUACGUGUGUGUGGGGGGGGCAUCUCCCAGCGGUAAGACGCGCUCCUCUGCAGACAACGGACCCCCUUAGGUCCUUUAAUCUCACUGGAACCGAAGCAUGGAGCAUGCAAUGUGCUCUGUGUAAAGGUUAGGGAAGGCGGAUCGCUGCUGGGUACCCCUACUCUCCAGCACCCCGGGGUCGCGCUUUGUUUGCACUGAAGACCCGGGACCACAUUUUCAAAAUUUCCGCAUAUCUCGAAAAUGGAUCCUUUACGAAAUGGGAAUAAUUGUGAGGAGGACUCGCAGUUCGCUGAGGUGGAAGAAGAACAAGUGGAUCCAAGAAUCCAGGGAGAACUGGAGAAGUUGAACCAGUCCACGGAUGACAUUAACCGCUGGGAGAGUGAGCUGGAGGACUGCCGUCAGCGGUUUCGUGCCGUGCUGGUUGAAGCGACGGUGAAGCUGGACGAGCAGGUGAAGAGGAUCGGACGAGCUGUGGACGACUCCAAACCUUACUGGGAAGCUCGCAAAGUGGCAAGACAGGCCCAGGUUGAAGCCCAAAAGGCCACUCAGGAGUUCCAGCGGGCGGUGGAGAUCCUGCGGGCGGCCAAGGAGACCAUUGCCCUGGCCGAGGAGAGGCUCCUGGAAGAGGACAGCCGCCAGUUCGACUCUGCUUGGCAGGAAAUGCUCAACCAUGCCACGCAGAGGGUGAUGGAGGCCGAGCAGGCGAGAACACGUAGCGAAGCUGAACACAGAAAAACAGCAGCCAAUUACAAUUCCUGUAUCAGCCACAUGAGGCAGUUGGAGAAGAAACUCAAACGCACCAUCAACAAAUCCAGGCCGUAUUUUGAACUGAAAGCCAAGUAUUAUCUACAGCUUGAGCAACUAAAGCGACAUGUGGAUGAGCGUCAGGCCAAAUUGGUGGUGGCCAAGGCCAACUACCGCGCAGCGCUACGCAACUUAGAGAGCAUCUCGGAAGAGAUCCAUGCCCAGCGACGCUCCCUCGCCAUGGGAACCAGGGAGCAGGGUGUCGGUGCGGAGGGAGACGGGGGCAACGAGGACAUUGCUGACUUCAAGAUGGAGUCGGACGGUCUGUCAAUGGUGUCCGUAUCAAUUGACGAUGAGGGCAGUCACAGUUGCAGCUCAGAGGAGGAGACCGACCCUCACUCCGCCUCCUCCCCCCGAGCUAUGCCCUCCUCUCCCUCCUCAUCCUCCUCCCAACCUUCCACCUCUGCCUCCACCCCUCUGGACAUGCCCCGCCCUUACCCCUCCUCCACGCUCCACACCUCCUGCUUGUCCCUCUCUUCCUCCUCCUCCUCUUCCUUCCUCCACUCCUCCUCCUGUCCCGGUGGACUGGAGUUAGCGAGCCCAUGUAGCUCUCAUGACCCAGACUCAGUGUGGGGUUCAGGGCAUGCCUCACCUCUCUUGGGCCCCCGCAGCCAGUGCAGUGGAGCUUCCUCUCCAGACUGUGACCAGGAGAGAGGUGACAGAGCAGAGGGAGCCGAGGCGACGCUAGAGGCCGGUCUGAACAAGCUAACAUUGACUGUUGCACAAAAACAAGAGGGGGACUCUGGGGAUGAGCAAGUCGCCGAUUUUAUUAACCCUGAAACUUCCACUCCCGGCUCAGCCACUACCAUGUUACUACCUGUUACUUAACCGUGCCUAAUGAACUCACUGUGCCCAGCUUCAAGCCUCUAACUGGACUCUGUGGCAGAAGACGGGGGACACAGGAUGAAAUGCUCAAUCUAAGCAAUGAUAGAGCAACCUGCACACUCCAAGCUCCAUCCAACCUGACAUUAUGUCUCCAUAUAGUCUAAACAUCUGAUGGUGCCAUAUUAAAGGUGCUAUACGUAGUAUAUGUCAGUACAUUGUGGAACUAUAUUGUAAAAAAAAUGAAAGCAGGGACAGUGGGAUUGGUCUCUAUUGGUAUUAUUAAUGCUAGUGUUAUUCAAAAGACUGCAUUUCCCACAAACCUCCUUGCUUCCUGUUGCAAAGAGGAUAUGGCUUGUUGUCAUUGACAAAUUUCACGAUCUCUGUGUCUAUUUUGUGCCACAAAGAAGUGGGUGUUCAACGUAAAGGCACAUUUUCUUUCCUUUGGCAUAUUCUACAGGCUGUUACUACAAUAAUGGUAUUACCUAUAUGCAGCUUUAUAGUAAUGUGUCAAAGUUAAUGUGGGAAACAUUUAGCCAAUUGACUUUGGGCAAAACAGUUGGCAAUACGCCUCUUUUUGGAUCUGAAUCACCACAAGACGAUCCAAAUGGGACAACAUAAUCCGAUAGAUGUUGGAUUAUGUCGUGUUAUGCCUUCAUGAUUGAGCUGUGUAGCUCUGAAAUGUAAAGUUGAAAUGUAGGAUGUGGAGAAUAUUUUGGAGGAAUAGCUAUCAAGGAGAAACGUGGAGUGCAAGCAGUACUCUGAGCACUGAACUAAAAAAGUAAUAAGGGAGUGAAUGUAUUGAGUGCAGCGCAGCAUCUUAGAUGGUGACGAUUGAACUAUUUUUUGAGUGUCGUCUGUUGUGUUUUAGAAAAAGGCUCACACGCUACCCUGUAGUACAGAUGUAUAUUUAUACUAUAAUAAUUUGUAGUUUAUACUCUGAUGUCAUGUUGUAAACUUAUACAAUAGCAGGGGUUACAGGAACCAGAGUCCUCUCACACACUUAUGCCACACUUGAGUGUAUUGCCUGUUUUGCGCACUAAAAAUUACUUAUUUCAACAUUUUGGGAAAUAAAUGUAUGUCCUAUUUUGUCAUGAGUCAGAUGGGAAGAUUGAUACCACUCUUCAAAUGUUUGUGCAGUAAAUGUGCAGCUGCCGCUAGCAGUCACUUAGCUUAGCACAAGGGGAAACAGUUAGCCUGGCUCUCCCCCUACCGGCACCUCAAAAGCUCACAUUAACGCUUUAUUCCUCCUUAGUUUAAUCUGUACAAAAACCAAAGUGUAAAAAUGAAAAUUGGCUGUUUUAAAGCGGUUAUGUGUUCGACCGUAAAUAGGCUCUGAGCAGUUGCCAGGCAACCAGCAGAGGCUCCAGAAAGAUGCUGCUCCCAGCAAAGAAAUAGUCCCGCGAGUAAGAGUAUUUCCCAAACUGUCAAAUGAUCCCUUUAAAGUUAAAAGAACAGAUUUUCCCAGAAAUAGCCUUCUUAGCAUUGAUAUUUUGUAAUACUAUUUUUUUAGAUUACUUUUUGGGGCUUUUUCCUCUUUAUUGCAGUUGACAGGCACAAAAGGGGGAGAGAGAGACAUGCAGCAAAGGACUGCAGGUCAAAUUCGAACCCCGGAGCAUCAGGAAUCAGAAACCUAAAUCUGUGAAAUUAUAACAUUAUAUUUACUGUAAUUGAAGGCUGGUUAUAAGUCUGGAACUGAUUUGUAACAAUAUUCACCUGACUGCAUUAUAAUAUGCACAGAUGUGAGGUGCAACUUUCCUUUAAAAAGACAGGUUAUUUCCUCCAGUCUUUUCAGUCUUUUUCACCCACACAGUACUUAAUAUUAAAACCUGAUACAUCAACUGAUAUUAGCUCAUUGCUGAUAUAAUGUAUUAGCCAAUAUGACGAACAAAAGGCUACUGUAAGUAACAUGUGAUUGCAGUACAACAUGCCAAUGAAAUGUUUGAGGUCAUUUCCAGAUAGUGUCUUUAUUUUAUAGUUUGUCCUACAGUGUCCAGGUCAGUUCCUUAAUAUUUGUUUUAUAAUCAUGAUUUCAAGAAAAAAAAAAUACAAAUGUUUGCUUAUGCCAUGUGUUUAUGGUAAAAUGUAACAAUGGCAGAUAUGUAGUUCAGAUGUUUGCAAACUCUCAAAUAUGAAUAUCAGUGUCAUCCUCAUAAGUCCAGUAUCCGAUGUCUAUGCUAACAGAAAUACAGUAGGUGUACUGAA